GCCAGCUGUUGGCUGCCCCACAUCUGGGUCACAAUGCCAGUGAUGAAGGGCCUACUGGCCCCGCAGAACACCUUUCUGGACACCAUUGCUACACGCUUUGAUGGCACCCAUAGUAACUUCCUGUUGGGUAACGCCCAAGGCCACCGCGGCUACCCCAUUGUCUACUGCUCUGACGGCUUCUGCGAGCUUACCGGCUUCACCAGAACUGAGGUGAUGCAGAAGAACUGCACCUGCCGCUUCCUCUACGGGGCCGACACCAGCGAGCACGUGGCCCAGCAGAUGGAGAAGGCUCUGGAAGGCCGAGAGGAGUACCAGUCUGAGGUCCACUUUUACAAGAAGAAUGGUAUGGCCUUCUGGUGUCUGUUAGACAUUGUGCCAAUAAAGAACGAGAAGGGAGAAAUGGUCCUCUUCCUCUUUUCGUUCAAGGACAUCACCGACACCCAUGGAAAGGGGCAUCAUAACAGCAAAAAAGAUGGUUCAGAGGACAAGAGGCGCAGGAGGAAGAGCAGCUCUCACUUCAGUGAGGCCAGGAAGCGAGGACGCACCAUGUUGUACCAGCUGAGCCGACAGUUCUCACGGGGAGGCAAAGGAGACGUCAGCCUGGGCGGGGGCAUGAUGGACAAGCCUUCGAUACCGGAGUACAAAGUAGCAGCAGUGCAGAAGUCACGCUUCAUCCUACUCCACUACAGUGUGUCCAAAGCCCUGUGGGACUGGCUCAUCCUGCUGGCUACCUUCUACGUGGCUGUCACCGUGCCCUACAAUGUCAGUUUCACGCCGUAUGAAGAUUCAGUCACAGAUGCACGCUCCACCAUUGUCAGCGACAUAGCAGUGGAGAUGCUCUUCAUAGUUGACAUGAUCCUGAACUUUCGCACCACCUAUGUGAGCCAGUCAGGGCAGGUGGUGUACGAGUCACGCUCCAUUUGCAUUCACUAUGCCACCACCUGGUUCUUUGUGGAUCUGGUGGCUGCCCUGCCCUUUGACCUGCUGUAUGCCUUCAACAUCACAGUGACCUCCUUGGUCCACCUGCUGAAGACGGUACGCCUGCUGCGCCUCCUUCGACUCCUUCAGAAACUAGAUCGCUACUCCCAGUACAGUGCCAUGGUGCUUACCUUACUGAUGUCUGUGUUCGCCCUGCUGGCUCACUGGAUGGCCUGUAUCUGGUACAUGAUUGGACGCAAGGAGAUAGAGACAAACAACAACUGGGAAAUAGGUUGGCUCCACGAGCUGGGCAAACGUCUGGAGAUGCCCUACCUCAACAGCACGGUUGGCGGCCCGUCGGUGCGCAGCUCCUACAUCGCUGCCCUUUACUUUACCCUCAGCAGCCUGACCAGUGUGGGCUUUGGCAACGUUUGUGCCAACACCGAUGCUGAGAAGAUCUUCUCCAUCUGUACCAUGCUCGUUGGCGCACUGAUGCACGCCCUUGUCUUUGGCAACGUGACGGCCAUCAUCCAGAGAAUGUACUCGAGGCGAUCUCUCUAUCACACUCGCAUGAAGGACCUAAAGGACUUCAUCCGCGUCCACCGUCUGCCCCAGCAGCUCAAACAACGCAUGCUGGAGUACUUCCAGACAACAUGGUCUGUCAACAAUGGAAUAGAUGCAAACGAGCUCCUGCACGACUUCCCUGAUGAGCUGCGGGCCGACAUCGCCAUGCAUCUGAAUAAGGACAUCCUCCAGCUACCCGUCUUUAAAGGAGCAAGUCGCGGCUGUCUGCGCUCUCUCUCCCUCCAUAUAAAAACCUCAUUCUGUGUCCCUGGAGAGUACCUCAUCCGUCAGGGUGAUGCGCUCCAUGCCAACUACUUUGUCUGCUCGGGGUCUCUGGAGGUGCUGAAAGACAGCAUGGUGCUCGCAAUAUUAGGAAAGGGGGACCUGAUUGGCUCUGACCUGCCUGGAACAGACCAGGUGAUCAAAACCAAUGCUGAUGUGAAGGCUCUGACUUACUGUGACCUCCAGUAUAUCAGUGUGCGAGGCCUCAGAGAAGUGCUGGAGCUCUACCCGGAGUACGGCAGUGUUUUUGCAUCUGACAUCCGCAACAACCUCACCUACAACCUACGAGAGGGCAGCCAGGACGAGGGCCUCAGCAGGUUUUCAAGGUCACCCAGACUUACCCACGAGCCUAGACUCCCUUCCAUCAUCGAAACAAAAGGAGACGACUCUGACGAUUCCUACCACCUCUCUCCGGCCACCCGCUCUCGCCGAAACCUCCUGCUGCCCAGCUUCAGCAGCCCCGUCCGCCGCACCUCUCUGGGGAACCUUCUAGGGGAUGAGCUAAAGCAGUUCAACGCCCUGCGGCGCUGUCGUUCACCCAACCUCAGCCGAGGCUUCCACGGGCAGAACUCGUCCCCUCAGCAAUCGGCGAAGAAAGAGCACAGCACCCCCACUGCAGCCUCAGCCCAGUCAUCGAGUUCUUCACAGGGAGAGUGCGGGGCUGAGCAGAAGCCUUCACAGCUGCUCAUCCCAACGGUCACCUGCUUUGCACCUCCAGAUCUGAGCCCCAGGGUGGUAGACGGCAUCGAAGACAACGGGCACACGUUCCAUUUCAAUGUGGAACAUGGCCGGCCCAAAGCCAGCGCAGGAGGCAGCGCCCAAGACUCAGCUCACGCUAACGCCACCCUGCUGCAGGAGACAGAGGAGGUCAAACAGAGCAUCAGUCAACUCAACCACAAGAUGGGCGCAUUAAACCAGGAAGUUUCUGAGCUUGGGAAAGGCCUGCACCACAUGCUGCACCUCCUCCAGGCCCACGUGUCCCUGCAGCACUACACCACCUCCCACCCCUCAUACUCGUACCCAAACACAGGUGCACCCUUCAACCUAGCUCCAUCCUACCACUUCCACAGCGACUCUGGGAGCCAUGACAGCCACCAGAGCGUCCCCGCUGCUGGACACUGGAGCCUCAGUUUAGCUGCUGAAACCCAAACAGAGACCCAAUACAGACCUCAAUCCUCCUCUCCACCCGCUCCACAGCUCUCGGUAAGCUCAGCAGCCAGGUUUGACCCGUGUCAAAGCUCUGAGAAACCCAAUCUGUGGACUGGCACGUCUCUUCUUAGUGUCGGCCCAGACCUGAGGCCUCAUGAAGACUCUGAAAACAGACCUCUGAGUGCGAGCCCGAGCAGCAUCAGCCAGUCCCAGCCCACUCUGUGCCUGCAGCCUCCCAGCGAGACCAAUGAAUUUUCUUGCCUUCUGUCCGGAGCGCCCACAGGUGCAUCCACACACAGCCUGCUGGACGCAUCACCCAGCUCUUACCCUCACCUCUGCCUGUCCUCAGAGUCCUGCCCCAAUAAUUUAAUUCAGGACACCUCCAUAUUUCAAAUUGAAGACUCUAACCCUUCAAUCCAACCACCGCUGCCUGGACAACCUCUCAGAUCCUCCCUGGGUUCCCAAUCACCUCUGGGCAACGCAUCCGCCAUAGAACACACCAGUCUGGAGUGCCUGCUGGGAAACAGGGGGUCUACGGAGAGCAGGGACAGUGAAAGCAUGUCAUCUCGGAGGUCCAGCAUCGGCGUGCAGACUCAGAGCACAGAGCAGUCGUGGUGUUUGGACCUUACAGAUUAAACAUCCACUGCAGCUGGAGGACAAACUCAAGUCAUUAACCUGACAGUGUUCAAAAACUCUGCGUGCUGUAUUUCCUCUCUUAUUUCUGGGCUCUCACCUCCGUUUCUAUGCAAAAGCAUGUCAUUGUGCGUUGUCAGCUUUACUGAAGUGUGUCUUUAAGAAAACGUCCACAGCAGUGGGCUCCAGUAUAUACUGUAUAUUUUUUCCAACACCCUCAAAGCAUUUUGCAGUUGAUACGACCUGUUACCUCCUUGCAUGGUAAAGUUGUUUAUUCUUUUUCCUAAGGAAAAGGUUUCAAAUCAAUGUGUAAGCAUUCUACAUGACAAUGUGUUGAUUGUGUACACAGUUGCUGUAUGUAGACAGGUGAGAUGGAUGUUUAAAGAUACC